AUGGUUGUCACGAGGCGCGAUGGUGUUGAGAAUCGAGCUGCUGCCUCAGGGCCGGCGCCACCAACAGUGCAGGCAGGCAGGAUGAGGGAGCAGGCUAGACCGUCGCUGCAAGCGAAGCGAGAUCAAACGGGGAAGCCGCGGCUUCCACGACACCCACGACGACCCACUCCUAUCAUGAACAGGGCAAACAGCGGUACAGUCGACGCCUGCGUCCAGGGCAAAGAAUACGAUGGCAAGGACGGUGCGAACCACUCGGUACGACGAGUCUGGCCUGCAGCUUAG